AUGGGCGGGAUAAAUCUCGAGGUUUUCAAGUUCGGCAUGUACCUGCUGUUUCCAAUUGGGACCAUGUACUACUUUGGCACCAAUCUCGACAGUCGCUUCGUCGUGCCGGAUUUCUGGCCGAAGCCCGAGAAUGCAAACAAAGUGCCUACAGACCGGGAAGAGAUUCGCGAGGAGCUCGAGAGAUUACGAACGAGGAGACUGUACCUCCACGAGAAGAGAAUGGCCGCCAAGUCGAACAAUGCGCAGGAACAGCAAAACGACUCUUAA